AUGCAAUGGAGCAACACCGUGGCCGCGUACGCUCAAGCCUAUGCGGAAAAAAGAAAGGGUGAAAACAUAGUCGCGGGCUACUACCCUGAGUUCACCGGGGCGGAUGCAGUGAAGCUGUGGGCGAACGAGAAGCCGCUGUAUGAUCAUGCAUCGAAUAAAUGCGUGGGUGGUGAAUGUGGGCACUACACUCAGAUGGUGUGGCAGAGCUCGGUGCGGCUUGGAUGUGCUAGAGUGCCUUGCAAGGCUAAUUCUCAGUAUGUUGUUUGCAAUUAUGACCCUCCAGGAAACUAUAUUGGGGAAAAGCCUUAUGAUUCUUGGGUGGUAUGA